AUGUAUUUCUCCUCGUGGCAUACUAUGGCGAUGCUACAGGAGCUGGCGCAGCGUAGCUGCUUCAAUCUGCCGUCGUAUACGUGCAUCAGAGAAGGUCCCGAUCACGCUCCGCGCUUCAAGGCUACCGUCAAUUUUAACGGCGAGACGUUUGAGAGCCCCAACUACUGCUCCACCCUCCGCCAGGCUGAGCACUCCGCAGCUGAGGUGGCGCUCAAUGACCUUUCCACCCGUGGUCCCACCAACUCUCUUGCCGCCAGGAUUCUUGAUGAGACGGGUGUUUAUAAGAAUCUCUUGCAGGAGGUCUCGCAAAGAGUGGGAUCAUCUUUGCCUGCAUAUACGACUUUCAGAUCAGGCCUAGGCCACUUUCCUGUCUUUACAGGUACUGUAGAACUGGCAGGCGUUACAUUUACUGGUGAGCCAGCUAAGAAUAAGAAGCAAGCAGAAAAGAAUGCAGCAAUGUCAGCUUGGUUAUCUCUGAAAUCAUUAGUGCAACAAUUUGAGAGUUCGUCAUCAGAAAAGGCACAAAAGGAUGAGCUGGAGCAUGUGACAGCAGCCCGUGCUUUGCAAAAGUAUCUCAUGAAGGCAAAAUUGGCGAAGUUUUCUUUUCCAAUAAAAUUUCUUACACCAAAUCCAAGGCCAUCUAGACCACAGCAUUCUCCGCCUUCAUCGUCAAAGAUUCUUCCCUUCAUAUGCCCAAAACCCGGUCCUUGUAAUAGGCCUAUUUCAACAAUAAACAGCAAUGCAGCGUCCCUGAAGAUUGCUAAGACAACUCAAAGCAAACCGGUAUUCAUUACCACAAAAGAGAGCCCCCCAUCAUUGGUGGAGAAGGAUAAGGUCCAACCUCUGAAGUUCCAAGCUGCUAGAGCAGCAGCCUACUUUCCAGUGCGGCAUUGUAGCCCACACCACAGAAUUGCACCACCAGUGACAAUACGAAAUGCAAUUCCGGUUUUCUCUACACCACCACUUCCUCCACCUCAAUCUUCAGUAGUGAUGAGGCCCCAAGGCAUGGCACCACCUGUCUGCAUAAGACAGGCUGUUCCAGUAUUUACUGCUCCUCCUGUUCGGGUAGAAGAGCUACCAGUUAACAAUCCAACUGUUCAAGGAGAAAAUCCGCAAAUUUCUAGACAAAUAAUUCAUAAGGAUCCAUCAGCUACUAAAUUUUCACUAGUUCGAGCAGAGGAGCCACCAGUUUCUAUAGCAACACCAGGGAAUCAUGCAGAUUUUGAAGUUCCAUCAGUUCAUGUUGAGCACCCGAUGUUUGAGGCCCCAGCCAUUCAAGUUGAGUCACCAGUCUCUUUGGUUACUAAUAUACCAACCAGUUCAGAAGCAUCCGCAGACGAGCCAAUGAUAGCAGCACUGGAAAAGCUACCGGAGUUUAAAGUGAUUGAAGACUUUGAAGAGCUAGAAAUAUGA